AGUUUGCGCGGGAAGACAAGGUUAGAUAAUGUUGGCCGCGAAAAAUAAUUUUUAAACUUAAUAGUGUUAUAACUUGGCGUCAUUCACGAGGUUGUUCCCUUCAUUAGUCCCCGAGGUGCAUGCCGUUCACAUAUGAGAAGCUGUUUUGUAUUUUUAUUGCUGCGUAUCACGCAGGGGCAAAAGCAGAGGUUAACAUGGAUCAUAAAUGUACUGUAAUGAGUAGAAACUUCACAGCGGUAUUUUUCGACUUAGAAACUACUGGUCACUAUAACCGGGAUGAGAUAAUACAAAUUGGAGCCAUAACUAAGGACAAGAUUUUUUGCAGGUAUAUGCUUCCUACGGGUGAGAUCACAGCACGCGUCGCUGAAGUGACCGGAUUCACUAAGGUGGGAAAUAAGCUUCGCUACCGUGGCGAAGUCAAGGAGACGACAACACUGAAGAAGGCGCUAGAGGAUUUGCUAGAGUAUCUAGGACAGUUCAACAUGCCCGUCAUCAUGGUCGGACAGAAUUGUCUCACUUUCGAUUGUCGUUUCAUUGUCAAAGGCUUGAAGCAGCACGGCCUCCUGGAUCAAUUUGCCAGGAUCGUACAGGGCUUCACCGACUCAUUGCCCCUGCUGAAGAAAUACCUGCCUGGUAGAUCAUCGUACAAUCAGAAAGACCUCGCCGUCGAUAUCCUCGGCCCAAGCUCGAAUAUGAUGGCUCAUGAAGCUCUCGCUGACGCUACUACGCUUAUCUCUAUUUUCCGGAAAGAAAAAGUACCACUCUCUCAAAUCUUCGAGUUUGCCCGCUCUAUAAAAGACGUGCUGAAAAGAGAAGAUACUCGAAUAACCGCGCAGAAUAAUCUGUUGACCCUUGGAACCUUGAGGCCACUCAUCAAGGACUCAAUGCUGAGAAAAAUGGCUGAAGCAGGACUUGACCUGGAAUAUUUGAAAAAGUGUCUCGAUGCAGAGGGCCCGGAGGGAUUAGCACGGUACCUCUCCGAAAUUCUAGAAGAUGGCAAGCCUCGCGUUACGCUGAAUAAACGGAUUUUAAAGGACAUCUGCGAUGCAGUCAAGCAAGCUGUAAGAAUUAGGCAAUAAAUCUCGGAACGUUAGCUUUGAGUACACAAAAGACCGAUAGGAACAAAAUUCACAUACCAAGAAAGUCUUACGAAGUUCUGUUUUAAUCAGGAAAAAUGCACUUUUCUAGGUCACAAUUUUCAAUGAAGUUACAUCACUUUAGGUUUAGCGCAAUUGAAGGUAACUUCCUAUUAUUAGAAUGUAGGGAAAAAACUAGAGUAAUAAUCGUGUGUAUAACGGCAGUUGCCCGAAAAACCUAGAGGAGUGCAAUUAUUUGCUUCUCCGACAGAAACCCUACGAUGGCUUAUUUAUUUACGCUCUAAACAUUUCUUUCCUUUUUAA